AUGGCCCACUCGCCGCAUCCUUCCCUGAAGGCCGUGACGCUGACGCACGUCCGCUACCGGCGGGGGGACUCUCUUGGGCACUUCCUCGCGUGGGUCUCCCUGAUCCCCGUGUUCAUCAGUCUUGGCGGUUUCGUCGCCCACUUCCUUUUCCGCCGGGAACUCCAGGGCAUGUUCUUCGCGCUGGGGCUUUUCAUCUCGCAGAUCCUUAACGAGCUCGUCAAGAAGUCCGUCCAACAGUCGCGUCCUGAGACCUGCGUCGCUCUCGAGAUGUGCGACUCCCACGGCUGGCCCUCUAGCCACUCCCAAUACAUGUUCUUUUUCGCCGUCUAUUUCUCGCUGCUCGCCUUUAGGGGUGUCGGCAUCUCCACCCGCGCAAGCAAGGUCUUCGUCGCCGCCGUUUCCUGGCCGCUCGCUUUACUGACUAUGUAUUCCAGAGUGUAUUUAGGAUACCACUCCGUUGCUCAGGUAAAGAAAUACCCAACACUUCCCCCUUUUUUCUCCAGUUACCUCUGGAUCUUCGAGUAUUUGAGAUACCUAUGUUUCAACCUUUCUAUGAUCUUAUUAUGAUUGUUUCUGCUUGGAUCUGAGAAAUUUCUUUAUGCAUAUACGUUUGCUGAAACCUUAUGCCGCCGAUGGUGACGCUUGGAUUUUUCAGGUUUUUGCGGGAGCAACCCUAGGGAUAGUCCUCGGGAUACUUUGGUACUGGGUUGUGAACUCAUUGCUCAUCGACUAUUUUCCUGCUAUCGAGGAGAGUGCGUUAGGAAGAUUCUUUUAUAUCAAAGAUACCUCUCACAUCACCGACGUCCUCAAAUUUGAAUACGACAAUGCAAGGGCUGCUCGGAAGAAAUCAGAUUGA